AUGUCAGCUCAGCCAGCUCCAAACUCUAGCCCAUUAGCACCGAUUACACCGUACCAAGACAACUAUGCUCCGGGAAGUCUCUCCCGAGCUAAUACUGGUGAUUUUGGCACGAAUGAAAAUUAUGCUCUAACGAAUUAUGGAAGUAGUCCUGGAUAUCGAGGCACGUCCGGCCCACCACCUAUCCCCGCAAAGGUCCCAAUGAAUAUGAAUGGUCCACCGCCUCCUCAGCCUGGAGGGGCCGAUGCUUGGGCGUUGUUGGAGGAGAUGAAAAACAUCGAUUUGGGGAGUGGACGAGCAAGACGAAGGGGCUACUGA